AUGGCACAGGAUGUCCUGGAUCUCUCGGGCUUACAGACCGAGGCAAUCAAUGAGCGCACCAACAGUAUCGACAGGGUCUCGACCCUGCAGAUGUGUACUAUGAUCAAUGGCGAGGACAAAACAGUGGCGGACAGUGUUACGGCAUGCGUGGAAGAUAUUGCGCGCGCGAUCGACUUGUUAGUUCCUCGUGUACGUGCUGGUGGGCGAGUGAUAUACGUCGGGGCAGGAACUAGCGGCAGGUUAGGAGUACUGGACAGUUCCGAGAUUCUACCUACCUUUGCAGCGCCCCCAACACAAUUCGUCGGCUUGAUUGCCGGAGGAGAUGCAGCAAUCCGCAGGGCACAGGAAGGCGCAGAAGACAGUACAAUAUCAGGCAGAAAUGAUCUAGUCGCGAUGGAUCUGAAUGGCGAACAAGACAGCAUAAUUGGAAUCGCAGCUUCCGGUCGCACACCUUACGUCCUCGGCGCACUCGAGUAUGCGAAAAGCUUAGGUUGCCUCACACUUGGAGUUGCAUGCGUCUCACCGUCAGAGAUGGGUCAAUCUGGCAACGUUGAUAUAAUGAUGGCGCCUUUACCCGGCCCAGAAGUCGUCACUGGGAGUACAAGACUUAAGGCGGGAACUGCCACAAAACUAGUACUGAAUAUGCUGAGUACCGGUACUAUGAUUAAGGCGGGCAAAACAUAUGGGAAUAUGAUGGUUGACCUUAUCGCAUCAAAUCAGAAACUUAAGCAAAGGUCGCGAAACAUUCUCCGGAAAGUUAGCAAACGAUGCUCAUCUAUGACCGAUCAAGAAUUGGACGAUCUGCUCGCUCGUUGUGACAGUAGAGUAAAAGUUGCACUUGUGGUCGCGGAGAAAGGAAUCUCGGUAGAAGAAAGCAGGGAGCAACUUGAAGCGGCUCAAGGUGUUCUCGCCAAGGUCAUUGCAAUCGAAAAGGCGGUCCAGGUCAAGAAACCCUUGGUAAAUGGAUUUAAGCAUCAUCGAACAGUUUUGUGUAUUGAUGGGGGAGGUUCAAAAUGCGCCGCCGUAGUAGGAGAUUCAAGUGGUAAUAUAGGGAGAGGCGUCUCUGGGCCUUGCAAUUUGACGGAUGGAGAUUUUGGGGCCUCGGUGGAUGCAAUAGUGACAGCCGUAAGCGAAGCAAUGAACGAUAUUGGAAGAAAGAUGAAUCCUGCCAAUGGCAUCAAUGGGCCAACAGAGUCACACCUGUCGGCUCGUACAGAUCACGGCGAGCCAUUUGAUUCAAUCUGGAUUGCUAGUGCCGGAAUGGACCGUCCAGGAAUGAGAGAACGUGUGCAAGCAGCGGUGACACAGAGUCUGAAUUUGAAUAAUUCGACUCAAAUGCGGAUAACCAACGACGUUGACCUGCUAGCUGCAGCUAUGGCACGACAUCCAGAAAUCUCUUCCAGCUUGGUCGUUGUCGCUGGUACUGGCAGCAUUGCCAUUCGGUAUGCUUACAACAACAACAAUGAUAUAACGCCGAGGCGCGUCGCACGCGCUGGAGGAUGGGGUCAUCUUCUCGGCGAUGAAGGUGCUGGAUAUGCAAUAGGAAGACAAGCUAUCCGGAAGACUUUGUUCUCACUGGACAAUAUCAAGCUUGCGCAGCGAAAAUCCGGCCUCACUCCACUAGAACUGAAAAUAGUAAACUUCUUCUCAAAUUCCUCGCUUGGAGGGAAAGAUGACGCUCAGAACAUUGACCUACUGAGCAAGGUCCUGAUGGCCAAUGACGACAAAUCGGCCAAAUCUCGCAUUGCAGGCAUCACACAAACAAUUCUGGAUGCAGCUGGAUCUGGAGAUGCCGAGGCAGUGGAAAUCAUCGCUCAACAAGUAUCGGGCUUUGUCGAGAAUACUCUCAGCCAUCUACUUGAUCCUCCAUCUCAUGGAUAUGUGGAACCUUCACGAUGUGGCCUCAUUCUCUCCGGAGGGGUGAUGCUUCACAGUGUUUAUCAAACAAUCUUUCAACUUGCCCUAGCCAAACGCAACAUCCGGUUUAGCUAUACGGAAGCUGUUCCCAACGCGGCGCUUGUGGGUGUUGAAUAUUUGCUAACAUCGGAUACUCUUGUACCUCCACAGAAUGGGGUGUCUUGA